GCAGCAUGGCGAGGGAAGACACGCGUGAAGGAAGACGAAAAACUUAUCUACGAUGCAGCUUAUCAGACUUCCUGAUGAAUUACGACUUGCCAUCUUGGCCCUUACGUCGCCCUUGACUAAGGAACAGUCCAAGGGCGCGGUGGUGAUUAUGAAGCAUGUCGAGGCCGAACUACAGGGUUUUUCGGGUAAAGAUCUCCCAGAGAAUGUGAAAAAAAUAAUUCAGGCACUUGUAUGCAAAUUAACAUCCAAUAAGAAGGAAGGCAUAUCCACUGGCCUUCAUACAAUCCUGAAACAUAAAAGCCAGACUGUGGAGUUUACAUACAAAACUCUAAAGAGUGAAUUUGAUGGCAAAGUUACUAGAGAUGAUGAAAUAUAUGAUGUGCUGGUCUCAGAAAUCCUGGGAUACAGUGCUUUGGUACGAUCAGGACACCUUGGGAAGCAUCCGGAGGUACUUAAAGACACAGUUGUCAGAUUGUUAGCCAUGAAAGAAGGGGGAGAGGCCAUUGGCAUCAUGAGAACAACCUUAGUUAUGGAUAUUUUGGAAAGAUAUAGUGAUUCUCCAGUACAUGAAGUGGCAUUGGAGCAAUUAAAGACUCUUGCUAAUGUGCCUAUGAAGAAAAUAAGCCCAUGUUUACUGUGGAUCCGCUUAGUCUUAAUGAAGAAAUGUUCAGAUAUGCCUAACUGGCUCUCUUCUACACUUGAUGCCAGCAACUAUACAGCUGUUGGUGAAGUGCUCAAGACAUGUAAGGCAUUGCUUCCAAAAGUACAUCCAUUAAUAGAAGAGUUAGCCAGUGCUCUUGCAAGAAGUGGCACCAAUGCCAAGUUCCCAUUGGGCGAGUUUUGGAGGACCAACUUUUACUCUCGUUUACAUUCCUUUUCCAGUGAAGAUUUACAGCUAGCUCUAAUUUUCCUCAAGAUUCUUAUACCCAAAUUGAAGAGAAAGUCUGAGGUAUCAACAAUAUUAGGAGAAAAGGUGAUCACAUUCCUGCUCAGAAAUGCCAAUUCCAAUAAAGUUUUGAAGGCGGCACUCCCAGACUUGAGCAAAGUACUAGAACAGUUGGUUCAGAAUCAUGAGGACAAGGAAGAGGAAGUCCAGUUGGCUGUUGUUGAGGCAUUGAUUCUGCCUCCAGGCACUAUACAGUUUGAUUCAGUGACUAAAACCAACAUGGUGCAGAGGACUAUUAAGCAUUUGACAGCCUCAGAUGUCAAGAAACUUGGCGACUAUAUCACAAAGCGUAUAAUG